UACAUGAUUAGAAACUGAGCUCUCUUAUCAGUAAUCAGCUGUUUACAGACGCUAAUAUGCAAAAUUCAAUUCCCUGUUUCUCAUAGCUCCUGCAUCUUUGUAACAGAAUUAUUUUGAAGAGUGUAAUGCUAUAAAAAGUUAUUAAAAGUGAUAAUUAAGUAUUAUAAAGUAUUGAAGUUUUAUUCAAAUAAUUAAAAGUAUAGUAAAAUGCAAUGCCGAGCGUGCAUGAAAGCAAAUUGUAACAGCUUAAUUGAUAUGAGUGUUGGUGGAGCAGAUGGAGGACAAAUACUUUUUGACUACUUCAAUGAUUGUACACAGCUAUGUGCAACUGCCAGUGAUAGUUUUCCUAAAACACUGUGCAAAACCUGCACUGGAAAACUACGCAUUGCAUAUAGCUUUAAAAAAUGUGCACUGGAGUCUAACGAAAUGUUUGAAAAGUUUCUAAGACUACAAAAAAUUAAUACACAAUCUCCUACUAAUUCAAUUGUGGAUAUUGAAGAUUGCUCAAACGAUCCUUUGGAGAUAGAAUUCUGUGAAGCGGUGAAAUCUGUAAAACGAACUGAUAGUGAAUUCUCUCUGGUUGAGGAAGCUUGGAACCAAUUUUCUAGUUUCGAAGGUGAAUGUUCCAACGACCAUAAUCAGUCACAAGCGGAUAUAAUAGAAGACUCUUACCAAGAAGAUUCAUUUCCCGGUAUUGAGGCAUAUGAGACUGAUGCAGUAGAAUAUGUUAUAGGAGAUUUGCAGACACAUAUAAGGAGUCACAGGUUAGAAAUGGACAACACUUCCACAUCAGUUUUUGAUAUACAAUAUGACAAUAAAACGCUAAUAAAAAAGUCGAAUGAAACGAAAGAAGAUAGUUCAAGUUUAAGUUUUGAAGAAACUAAUCAUAUAGAAAUAGAAAUCGAUACUACUAGAUUACCGUGCUUGUAUUGUAAACAAUUAUAUUCAUCGGAUUUCGAACUUCAGCUUCAUGUAAAAAAACAUUUAUUUAAAUGUCCCUUCUGCUCGAAGAUUUGCACAGAUGUGAGUAGGUAUUACAGACAUAUUAAACGGUUACAUAACUGCUCAGAAACUGAAGUCCCUGCUACGCAGGUUGUUAUGAAAGGAGUUGAAAUAAUUGAAGACCAACUUAUAAAUUGCAAAAUUUGCAAUGUAACUUUUGCAACUAUAGCUGCCUACGGCAGACACUUACGCCGAAAACAUGAAUCUGAUAAAAGCGAUGCAGAAAUGCUAAGUGACAAUAGUGAGACAGUUAAAUCUAAUGUUUGUCAUGGAACCAUUUCUAACGUAGAAGACGACGUUGAAUCCAACGAUUGUAUAGAACAGCCUGAAAAGAGUUUGUAUAGAAAUAUAUAUACCUCCGAAUGUGAACAGGAAUCUCCUAAGGAAAAUCUGCAAGCAAAUGUACAUAAGCAAAAUCUAAAAGCGAAGAAAAGGUUCCUUUGCUCAUUCUGUCCCCGUGUAUUGUCUACUAAACGUGCUGUACAGAUUCAUGAAAGGAAGCAGCAUUUACACAUUGAACCUGAUCUUAAGGAAUGCUCAUUUUGCCAAAAGAAAUUUGAUAAGGCAUAUUUAAGAAAACAUAUCGAAAAUGUGCACAUUGGAGAGCGAAAAUUUAAAUGCGAUAUUUGUGGCAACAUGUAUAAAACCAAUGAUAACGUUAUGCGACACAGACUUUUACACACCAAGGAUCGCAAUCAUCCAUGUCCAGUAUGUGAUAAAAGGUUUACUGAAAAAUCUGAACUCAAAGUGCAUAUGCGGCUUCACACAGGUGAAAAGCCAUAUGCCUGCCAUUUAUGUGAUCGUCGCUUUCGAAUAAGAGUUCAUCUCACAUAUCACUUGCAACAACAUGCUCGUAUUAAACACAAAUGCAACGUUUGUGGAAAGGAGUUCAAACACGGCAAAUCGUUAAGAAACCAUUUCUAUGUACAUACCAACAUUAUGCCAUAUACGUGUUCAGUUUGCGGUUACGGCUCUGUCAAACGAGAUUAUUUCGUCAAACAUAUGUUGAAUAAGCAUGACAAAACGAUGUCAGUUGAUGAGUUAUUUGCAAUAUUCCAAACGAAUACUGGCAGAUCUCCUUAUGUAAAGGUAGUCGACGACGUUGUAUUGAACGAUGAGCUGUGUGUCCAUGACUUUAGUAAUAGUAAUGGCGAAUAGAAAUGGGGUUUAGUUUAUUUUACUAAUUCUGUAAUUAAUUACAGUAACAAAAAAUAUUGAAAGUUUUAAAUUAGAAAAACGCAUUGUUAAUAAAACUAUUACUAUUUCAACAUUUUUGACAUACUUUGGUUAAAGCCUGCAAAGGAAGCAUAAAUAAAACAUGUAACAAGAAAAAACGUUAACUUCAUUUGCACCCAAGCUAUAAUAUUAUUCACAAUUACAAAAUAUUCCAUACAAGAGCUUGAUUUUUAUCGUUCAGUAUUCGGAGAUUGCAGAAUUGCUUUAUACAAUUAUCCACGCCAAAAUUCAUAAAGAUAUCUCAAAUAAAAAAAAUUUUACAUACGAAGA